AUGUCGGUUGGAGAGCUCGGUUGCACCUACGCUUGCUUGAUCCUUCACGACGAUGGAAUUCCUGUCACUGCUGAGAAAAUUUCGACACUGUUGAAAGCGGCUAACGUGACUGUGGAAUCAUACUGGCCUAGUCUUUUCGCUAAGCUCUGUGAGAAGAAGAACAUUGAGGACCUUGUCACGAACGUUGGUGCUGGAGGAGGUGGAGGUGCCGUUGCCGUUGCUGCUCCUAGCAGUGGUGGUGGUGCCGCUGCCGCAGCUGCUCCUGCCGCCGAGGAGAAGAAGGAGGAGCCGAAGGAGGAGAGCGAUGACGACAUGGGAUUCAGCUUGUUUGAUUAG